AUGCCGAUCUCUGCCAACUCCCUUGUUCGUUGGAGUCUUGCAGCAGUCGGCGUCUCGGGGGCAGGACUGGGCGGCACCUACGUGUACAAGACAUACUUUCAUCAGCAUCCAGACCGAAAUGAGAAGAUAGUGCAGCUGGCUGCCAUCGCUCUCUCAGGAGAAGUCGUCGACAAGUCCCUCCACGAUCCAGAAGUGCUAUCGCAGCUGCGCACGUUUGGACUGCAGGUCCUCACGCACCCCGUUGUGGUGGCCCACCUUAAGAAGUUCUUUAUCCACGAGCUCACAGAUGACACACCGACCCGCGCUGCGCUGCGUACCUUUGUCGUGCGCGACGUCAUUCAAGAUGCAUGGGUGAAGGAGGAGCUCAUCGGUGUUGCAGAGGACCUCGUAGACUCUGUUAGGGAUAACCCUGACUUGUUUCCAAACCGCAUUCUCGCCCAGAUCGGCGCGAGUGCGCUGGAGGGGCUGCAGACGGACGAGUUUUGGUGGGCCGUGCGCCGAAACAGUAAAGCGGCUGGCUGGGUCGCUUUCAUUGGCCCCCCGCCCCACGACAUGAUCUUCGAGGCACCAUUCUGA